AUUACCUGUCAUCUACAUAGUUAACUGCUUUUUAGUUUUCACGACUUAAUAUAUAUUAAAAUUAUGAUUUUCCUGAACCUUUUCUUAAUAAAUUUACUAACUACUGCUGCGGAGCCAAACUCCAAUAUUGGUUUCUGUGAUGUGGAUUCCAAAAACUGCGAAAAUCAUGUUGAUGAAGCCAAUGCAUAUAAACUGAUAUUCUACGAUGUUAAUCCUCCAGAAGGCUUCAAUUUACGCCGCGACGUUUACAUGAGGUUUGCUAUAAUGUUGUCAGAUGCUCGUAAACGGGGAAGAGUCGAUUGGCGGUUGGUGUUACCGCCAUGGCAUAAAUUGUACCAUUGGCGGAGUUCCUCUGCAAAAUCUAAACCUCAGCCUUGGUCGUCAUUCUUCAACAUAGAUUCUCUAAAAUCCUUUGUACCAGUAAUGGAACUGCAUGAAGUUUUCAACGACACUAAGACAAAAGUACUGGAAAUCGAUACUUUGUAUGUUUUAGAAAACUUUGAGAAUCCAUUCGAAAACGGCGUAUUCGAAGAGAAAUGGCAAUUGAACAGUGAUUGUGAGUAUGAAGGUAAUUAUUUUGGAUACAAAAACAUUACUGCUAAAGAAAUAGUGUGUGUGAAAUUCCAAGGUAAAAUAUCUAAAUUAUGGGAGCUUAUUUUGCAGCAUCCUACUGACAGAAAAGUCAUGUUUGCCCAUGGGGAAAUACCACUACAUGAUAAUUAUGGUACAAAAACAUACUGGGAAUGUCGCAAGAGUAUGAAAUUCAACAAUAACCUUGUUAAAAUUGCUAAAGACUUUAUUUCCUCCAAUCUCAAUUGUAAUGCAGAUAGAUGUCUAACAUAUUUAAGUGUUCACUGGAGGCGCAAAGAUUUUGCUUACAGUAGGCCAAAUGAUGUACCUUCAAUAAAGAGUACUGUCCAGCAAAUUAAUUUUGCUGUAAAGAAAAAUGUUCCCGGUGUGAAGAGGAUAUUUAUCGCAUCUGAUGCAUCCACAAUUGAAAUGAAAGUGUUGGAAGAGCAACUCAAUGAGCUGAAUUAUGAAGUUUAUUCUUUCAAUCCCAGUGAUGUUCUGUUAAAAGAAAUAAAUGAGGGCGGAGUUGCUAUAAUUGAUCAAAUAAUCUGCUCACAUGCUGCAUAUUUUAUUGGGACACAUGAAAGCACUUUUUCCUUCCGAAUUCAAGAAGAGAGGGAGAUAUUAGGCUUUGAUGGCAAUACAACUUUCAAUAGAUUAUGUCCAGAUUCUGGGUUAUGUGAGAAACCAUCAAAAUGGAAAAUAAUUGAAUAAUUUCAAAUACAUAAAUUUAAGUGUAUCUAAGAGCAUAUAGAUGCUAGAGUAGUAGCCAGCAAAACCAAAAUUGUACUUCAAUGGGAAUAACCUUUUUUUAAUCUUACAUUCUUAUUAACUGACUAAGGCAUGAGAGUUAAAAAGUUUUUGCUUUCUAGCAUCAAUAUUUAUGUGUCCAAUAAGAAUUGUUAGACAGUAGCUAUGAUAAUCUUUAGGCCUAAUUUUGAUUUGUUUAGGCCUGCAAAGGACCUAAACAAACAUCUAAAUAUCAUUCCAAACUAUUUUAGGUAAUAAAGGCAGAUGUUUUUUAGUAAGACCUAGGUAUUGAAUUGCUUAAGCAGCAAUGUGUAUUUAACACAUUUUCUACUAGCAAAUAAUAUUGAGUAUAAAAUAUAUACAGUAUAAAGGUUUACCUACCCAUUAUUUUAGAAAUAAUAAGAUUUGGGAAACAUUUAACACUAGAAUCUAUAAUUUUUUAAGAAGUUUUAUUAGUGCUAUGAAACUAAUAAAAAUUAUUUAAAAAAGCUUUCUCAUUACUUAAGAAUGUACAUUUACUUUAUUGAUAUUAAUUUUAUAACAGUUCUGAACCAUCUUGCUCAUUGGCAAUUUUUAUUAUAUGAGUAUUUUACACUUAAUGAUCCAUUAAGCUAAGUAGUUCCAAAUUAAAAUAAAUUUAUUUUUUGUUUUAUACUGUGAUAAUGUGGAGCUGAGUCAUUUAACCAAAGAUUAAAUUAAAUAAUAAGUAUUAGAUGUAUAGGAAAAAAGUUUGAAUUAAAUGAAAUGUCUAG